AUGGUUGUUUCUCCGCAAAGCCCUGCCAGCGAAACGCAAAGUGUGAAAUCAAAGAACCUUAAUAUGGCGAACAAGCCAUCUCAAUCUGUCGCUGAUACAAGGGCAGAGUUGGCCGAAUUAGUCAAACGGAAAGCUGAAGUAGCUGAAACCCUCGCCAAUUUAGAGCGGCAGAUUUAUGCAUUUGAAGGUUCAUAUUUAGAAGAUACACAGCUUUAUGGAAAUAUUAUAAGAGGAUGGGACAGGUACCUGACAACAAAUAAAAACACAAAUUCUAAAGCUGACAAGAGAAACAGAAAAUUCAAAGAAGCUGAGAGAUUGUUUUCCAAAUCAUCAAUUACUUCUAUGGCUGCAGUUAGUGGAUUGGUGGAUGCAGCAGAGACUAAAAACGAAAGAAAUAGUGAGACUGAAUCACAAACGAAUGAAGAUUCCUCAGAUACCCAAAUGAGCACAGGAUUGAGUGUUGGUACUCUUAAUCACACAACUAUACAUGGCUCCACAGAAAGCUUAGCUUCAAAACCAUCUGGGAAGCAACAAACCAAUGGAAGUAUUGAUAAAGUAACAUCUUCUCUAAUGAAGCAAAAUACAUCAAAAUUGGUUACAAGUGGUCUAUUGCAGAAAUCAUUUACAAGUGACAAUAAAAUCCUGUCUGGUGUGGGAUUGGAUAGCAGACCAGGGACACCCAAAGAGAAAGAUAUAGCCCUCGGUCUUCUCAGCAAAGGUGACCUAACACCGAACUCCCUUAAACAUAAACUGUCUAACAGCAGCAGUAAUAGUAAUGUUAAGAAGAAUAACAACAAAAAGGCAAGAUACAGAUAA